UUUUUCAGGUUAAUGGAAAACUACACCUACAACAGCCCCACACUACAGCUGGAAGGGUUAAAUGUCUCAAAUGAUUCUAUCUACCCUCUUUUUUUCUUCUUCUUUUUCUCCUAUCUGUUUAUAAUGGUUGCCAAUUUAGGGAUUGCUUUACUGAUUUUCAAAGACAAGAGCCUUCACCAGCCUAUGUAUCUGCUUUUUUGCAACCUGACAUUUAAUGACAUCAUUGGAAACACUAACCUACUGCCUCGUUUGCUCAUAGACAUGUUGAGGCCUUCCUCUGAACGCCUCAUUAGCUACUACGAGUGUGUAAUACAAGCUUUCACUACACACAUGUUUGGAACCACUUCACACACUGUACUCAUGAUUAUGGCCUUUGACAGAUAUGUUGCCAUUUGCAAUCCUCUGCAAUAUGCUACUAUAAUGACCGACAAGAUGGUGAUCAAACUGACAGUUUAUGCCUGGGGAGUGGCCAUUGUUUGGGUUGGGGUUCUGCUCGGUCUGACUGUACGGCUAAAUACUUGCAGGACUCUGAUCUUGAAUCCUUACUGUGACAAUCCCUCCUUGUUUAAACUCUCCUGUGAGAGUGUGUUUAUUAAUAAUGUCUAUGGCUUUCUGUUCACUGUAGUCUUACUUACAACUUCUAUAAGCAGCCUUGUUCUCACUUAUACUAAGAUUACAGUAGUCUGUCUGACUAGUAAGAACAAGUCUUUGAACAGUAAAGCCUUGAAGACCUGCAGCACUCAUCUGGUUAUGUAUUUGAUCGUGGUCUUCAAUGGAGUUUCUGUCAUUAUUCUUCAUCGCUUUCCCCAGUACACAGACUUUAGAAAACUGUGUACCAUUUUGUUUCAUAUCAUCCCUGGCAGCCUAAACCCUAUUAUUUAUGGCUUGCAGUCCAAAGAGGUACAGAAAUUCUUUUCAAAGUUGUUUGAGUCCAAGAAGAUUUUGCCAUCACUAUAA